AAGAUUCGUUCUCUCCUCUCCUUCCUCCUUCCUGCUCUCAGUUUUUUCCCCCUUCAAUUUUGUCCUUUUCUUGGUCAGAUUGCUUCAGUGCUUGUAGCGGAGAAGAAGGCAAUUUUUUUUAUUUUUUUGAGGUUUUUUUUUUUUGCUCAAUACCGCUGCAAUUUAUAAGCUUUCAGGAGAGGAAAAGGUGAGUUUUUUACUAUUAAAAUAGUUUUUUUUUAAUCUCUUUUGGGUGGGAAUAGAUUAAAAAGUGUAGGAGAUGAUGGGGACUCCGCCUGGGUUGCAUGUCAGGUUCUUGGUUUUCCAAUGGAGGGUUGGUUCCAGAAUAUAAAAAUUUGAAGGAGAGAACUGGAUAGAAUAGGGAGGAGGUUCCAGCUGCCUUCUUUGUCCGAUCUCCGACUUUUCUUACACUUAUGGGUUGUCCGUCCUUGUUUCAGGAGAUUAUAUCUAUUUUUCGGCAUCUCCAGCUGUUGUUGGAUCUCUUUCCAUUUCAAAAAUCUUAGCUUUCCAUCAAUCUUUCGAUAUUUUCUAGUUCUGUCCCUGGAGGCCUUUUAAAUGUGUGAUUUUUCGCGAUUUCUGGUUGAUCGGUUGUCUGUUUGAGCUGUGGUCAUAGUGGCAGCUACGGAAGAGAGCGUUGGAUGUGUUUCGUUGGUCCUUGAGGCUCCUAUGAUAAGAUGCAGCCAGAUCAGAGAAGAAAGGCAUCAGCAGAAGUAGACUUCUUCACAGAAUAUGGCGAGGGUAGCAGAUACAGGAUAGAAGAAGUGAUAGGGAAAGGCAGCUAUGGUGUUGUGUGCUCUGCUCUCGAUACUCAUACUGGGGAAAAAGUUGCCAUCAAGAAGAUCAAUGAUAUCUUUGAACAUGUCUCUGAUGCCACACGUAUACUUCGCGAGAUUAAGCUUCUCAGACUCCUGCGUCAUGCAGACAUUGUGGAAAUCAAACACAUACUACUGCCUCCAUCAAGAAGGGAAUUCAAAGACAUCUAUGUUGUCUUUGAACUCAUGGAGUCUGAUUUGCACCAGGUUAUUAAGGCCAAUGAUGAUUUGACUCCAGAACACUAUCAAUUUUUCCUUUAUCAACUGCUUCGAGGUUUAAAGUACAUACACACAGCAAAUGUAUUUCACAGGGAUCUCAAACCCAAAAAUAUUUUAGCGAAUGCUGACUGCAAACUCAAGAUAUGUGACUUUGGACUUGCAAGGGUGGCCUUCAAUGACACUCCCACUGCCAUAUUUUGGACGGAUUAUGUUGCAACAAGGUGGUAUAGGGCGCCUGAAUUGUGUGGAUCAUUUUUCUCGAAGUACACACCAGCAAUAGAUAUCUGGAGCAUUGGCUGUAUCUUUGCCGAAUUAUUAACUGGAAAGCCUCUUUUUCCUGGAAAGAAUGUGGUCCACCAAUUGGAUUUAAUGACAGAUCUGUUGGGAACUCCUUCUCCAGAAGCCAUUGCCAGGGUACGCAAUGAGAAGGCCAGACGAUAUUUAAGCAGCAUGCGCAGGAAAAAACCUGUACCUUUCUCUCAGAAAUUUCCAAAUACCGAUCCACUUGCUCUUCGUUUGCUAGAGAGGAUGCUAGCUUUUGAACCCAAGGAUCGCCCAACUGCUGAGGAGGCUUUGGCCGAUCCCUAUUUCAGGAAUAUAGCAAAGGUUGAGAGGGAGCCUUCUGCUCAGCCAGUUACCAAAAUGGAGUUUGAAUUUGAGAGACGAAGGAUAACAAAGGAGGAUGUAAGGGAGCUCAUAUAUAGAGAAAUUCUUGAGUAUCAUCCAAAGCUGAAGAAAGAGUUCUUGGAAGGGACGGAGUCAACUGGUUUCAUGUAUCCAAGUGCUGUGGAUCACUUCAAGAAGCAGUUUGCUUAUCUUGAAGAGAACUAUGGAAAUGGUGCAACUGUUGCCCCACCUGAGAGGCAACACGCGUCAUUACCCAGGCCUUGUGUUUUUUAUUCAGAUAACAAGAUGCAGAACUCAAGGGACAUUACAGAAGAUUUUUCUAAAUGUUUAAUCAAGGAAACUGAGAAGCCAAAACCAGAGAAUUGCAUGGUCCCUAUGACAAGGGCUCCACUUCAAGUUCCCCAAAGAUUCCAAGGUGCUGCUGCAAGGCCUGGCAAAGUUGUUGGAUCAUUGUUGCAUUACAACAACUGCACAACCUCGGGUUCUGAGCUGUAUGAACAGCGAAGAGCUGCCAGAAAUCCUGCCAUCCCUGCACAAUAUGCAUCUUCAUAUCCCAGAAGGAACCCAAGCUGUAAGAUUGAGAGAGGAGAUGAGGGAAUUGAAGGACCUAAUAUUGUGCAGCCAAAGCCUUAUGUUGGAAGUAAAGUGGCUGCAGCUCAUGGUGGUCCUAGUAGUCAUUGGUAAUUUGUUAGAUUACAGAUAUGCAAUUAGUUCGCAUGUCAUGACAUCAACUCCCUGGUGAACUCAGAUUGUUCCAUUGUCAUCAUAUUCAAUAUUGCUCGUGCAUUGCCAACUGUACAGACUCACUAUCAAGAGAUAGGACUCUCAUUUAAUUUCGCUCUGGUAUCAGACUGGGAGUCGGGGUUGAAAGAUUGUAAAGGUAUCCAUGAUGGGAAGAAUUUGGCUUGGCUGAGAAGGUUGUAAUACAGCUUACUGACAUGACUCUGGCUGUUGGUGUUGCUGUUGCUCGAUGUUGAAGUUCAUAGUCUGAAGGCAGUUGCGACACUAAACGACGACAAGGUGGGCUACAUUGGGCUAUAUAACAACUGUUAUUCUUAAGUCUUUAUUUGAGUCAAAGGAUUAGCAGGAUGCCAUAUUUGUUGUAUUGUAUUAUCUUAUAUCAAUGCUGCUAGAUGCUGCUGGCACACUUCAGCCUGUUGCAGUUGGCUUGUUAUUUUAAUAUAUGCCAUUUGUCACUCUCUUUUACAUUUGGAACAAUUGAGCAGAUUGUAUGGGCAACCUUGCAGUGCUUGAAGUGCUUCCACAGAUGAACGUCCUACACUGAGAGCAGGAUAUCCCAUAUUUUAGGGGGUAAAUGCAGCUGUGAUAUUCUAGGAUAUCCCAUGCGUGGAACAGGAAAAGUAGCUAAAUAGCAUGCUGAAAUAGGUGGUAAUAAAGCUCUUUUGAUGUUGGAAUUACCAGGGGGAAUUGUUAAAGCCUUGUGCCUGGGGUGGGUUGUGUGACAAUUCUGAUUAUUGUAUUCAUAAAAAAAUGAUUUGCACUAUCUUGAA